AUGGCUCCAGGCAUUAUUGAGCCCGUUGCUAAUGGCGACAAGGUCGUGUCAUUGGCUUCACUGACUGCUAGCUACGAUGAUUCCCUAACCUUCGCCAUCAAUGGCACUAUCGUGACGCUUGACAGCAUCGAUCCUGAGGUUACCUUACUCGAAUACCUACGUGGCAUUGGCCUCACUGGCACGAAGCUAGGAUGCGCAGAAGGAGGAUGCGGUGCUUGCACCGUCGUGGUUUCCCAGAUGAAUCCUACGACGAAGAAGCUAUAUCAUGCGUCCGUCAACGCUUGCCUUGCGCCGCUCGUCAGCGUUGAUGGCAAGCAUGUCAUUACCGUGGAGGGCAUUGGUAGCUCGAAGAACCCUCAUCCUGCCCAGCAACGCAUUGCCAUCAAUAACGGCAGCCAGUGCGGCUUCUGCACACCUGGUAUCGUCAUGAGCCUGUACGCAUUGCUCAGGAACAGCGGCCCGGAGCCCAGUGAACACGAGGUCGAGGAGGCCUUUGACGGAAACCUUUGCAGAUGCACUGGUUAUCGUCCCAUCCUAGACGCGGCUCAGUCCUUCAACAAGGGUUGUGGCAAGUCGGUCGCCAAUGGAGGCUCUGGAUGCUGCAUGGAGAAUGGCGGGUCAUGCAACGGCGCGACCAACGGUGAGGUCAGCAGCCAACCAGAGAAGAAGUUUACACCUCCUUCAUUUGUCCACUAUGACAAGGACACCGAGCUCAUAUUCCCGCCGGCACUCAGGAAGCAUCAAUUCAAGCCCCUAGCAUUAGGCAAUAAACGGAAGAAGUGGUACAGACCAUCGACGCUGCAGGAGCUACUAGAGAUCAAAGAUACCUUCCCGGCUGCAAAAUUAAUUGGCGGCAGUACCGAAACCCAGAUCGAGAUCAAGUUCAAGGCGACAGAAUAUUCUACGUCGGUGUACGUGGGAGACAUUGCAGAGCUCCGCCAAUACUCCUUCCACGACGACUAUCUCGAGAUCGGCGGAAAUGUGGCCCUCACCGAUCUCGAGAACAUAUGUGACGAAGCAGUCAAGCACUAUGGAGAUGUCAAAUCUCAGCCUUUCCUUGCAAUCAAAAAGGCCAUCCGCUAUUUCGCUGGUAGACAGAUCAGGAACGUGGGUACUCCAGCUGGCAAUCUGGCCACCGCAUCGCCCAUAUCAGAUCUCAACCCUGUGUUUGUUGCCACAAAGUCGACGAUGGUCGCCAAAUCCUUGAAGAAGACCACCGAGCUACCUAUGGAUUCGUUCUUUAAGAGCUAUCGGAAGACGGCUUUACCAGAGGAUGCGAUUAUCGCUGCCAUGAGAAUACCGGUCGCUGCAGAGAAGGGCGAAUACAUCAGAACAUACAAGCAGGCAAAGCGGAAGGAUGACGAUAUUGCCAUUGUCAAUGCUUGCCUCAGAGUCGCUCUAGAUGAGUCACAGGUCGUCCAAAGCGCCAGCCUGGUGUACGGAGGCAUGGCGCCUGUCACUAUUGCAGCGACAAAUGCUAUGCAGUUCUUGAGUGGCAAGAAGUUGUCCGAUCUGAAGACACUGGAGGGAGUCAUGAGUGCUCUCGAAACCGACUUCAAUCUGCCAUUUGGCGUACCGGGUGGUAUGGCCACUUACCGGAAGUCCCUGGCACUUGGAUUCUUCUACAGGUUCUAUCACGAUAUUAUGGCGGAGCUCGCGGACACCGAGACGCUCCGAGAUAAAGAAGCUAUCGAGGAAAUCGAAAGAAGUAUCUCUUCGGGUAAGAAGGACCACGAUGCUUCCAUCGCAUACUCAGCCAAGGUCAUGGGCAAGGCCAACCCUCAUGUUGCAGCACUCAAACAGUGCACUGGAGAGGCUCAGUAUACCGACGAUAUUCCGCACCAGAAGAACGAGUUGAUCGGUCGACUGGUGUUAUCUACAAAGGCACACGCAAAGCUGUUGAAAGUCGACCCUGAACCUGCGCUCGCUAUGCCUGGCGUCGUUGCAUGGGUAGACCGUCAUGACGUGGUUAGUCCUCGUGCCAACUGGUGGGGGGCUCCUGUCUGUGACGAAGUGUUCUUUGCCGAGGACGAGGUCUUCACUGCCGGUCAGCCUAUUGGUAUGAUCCUUGCUUCUACUGCACAACAAGCCGAGGCAGCGGCACGGAAAGUUCUUAUCACGUACGAGGACCUCCCAGCCAUCUUCACCAUCGAAGAAGCGAUUGAAGCGGAAAGCUUUUUCUCGCAUUACCGCUAUAUCAAAAAAGGCGAUACAGAGAAAGCUUUCAAGGAGUGCGACCACGUCAUAUCUGGAACCACGCGAAUGGGUGGUCAAGAACAUUUCUACCUCGAGACGAAUGCCACGGUGGCAAUCCCCAAGCCCGAGGAUGGUGAAAUGGAGAUCUGGUCGAGCACUCAAAACACGACCGAGGUACAGGCCUACGCUGCACAGGCGACAGGAGUAGCAAACAACAAGAUCGUCGCCAAGGUCAAGCGCCUGGGCGGCGGUUUUGGUGGCAAAGAGACGCGGUCAAUGCAGUUGUCAACGAUUUGUGCCGUCGCCGCAAAUAAGGCGAAGCGGCCGGUGAGGUGUAUGCUAAACCGUGACGAAGACAUCAUGACUUCAGGGCAACGGCACCCUUUCCUUGGUGUCUGGAAAAUCGGAGUCAACAAGGACGGUAAGAUUCAAGCACUCGAGGCUAAUGUGUUCAACAACGGCGGGUGGUCGCAGGACCUGUCUGCCGCGGUGGUCGAUCGUGCAUUGUCCCACAUCGAUGGCGUGUACAACAUCCCGAACGUGAACGUGCACGGACGAGCAUGCAAAACGAACACGGUCUCGAAUAGCGCCUUCCGUGGAUUUGGCGGUCCUCAAGGCAUGUUCAUAGCCGAGUCGUAUAUGGCCGAAGUUGCCGAUCACCUAAAGAUGCCUAUUGAGAAACUGCAGGAGAUCAACAUGUACAAGCCUGGAGACAUCACGCACUUCAACCAGAAGCUUGAAGAUUUCUUUGUUCCGCACAUGUGGAAGCAAGUGAUAACGGAGGCUGCGUAUGAGGAGAGACGAAAAGCAGUGGCAGAGUUCAACAACACGCACAAGUGGCAGAAGAAGGGUCUUGCCAUUAUCCCGACCAAGUUCGGCAUUUCUUUCACGGCUCUGUUCCUCAACCAGGCAGGCUGCUUGAUCCAUAUCUACCACGAUGGCUCGAUCCUGGUGGCGCAUGGAGGCAUAGAGAUGGGCCAAGGACUUCACACGAAGAUCUGCAUGAUUGUCGCGGAGAGUCUGCAGGUGCCGCUGGAAAGCGUUCAUAUCUCAGAAACCGCGACGAACACGGUUCCCAACGCUUCGUCGACUGCCGCCUCGGCGUCAUCGGACUUGAACGGCUAUGCUGCGUAUAAUGCGUGUGCUCAGCUGAACGAGCGUUUGCAGCCAUAUCGCGAGAAAUUAGGUCCAAAAGCGACCAUGAAGGAUAUUGCUCACGCCGCAUACUUCGACCGAGUCAACUUGUCGGCUCAGGGCUUCUACAAGACUCCAGACAUUGGCUACACCUGGGGCCCAUAUCCGGAUGAUCCGAAUAAGGAGAACACGGGUCUGAUGUACUUCUACUUUACGCAAGGUGUCACCGCCUCGGAGGUGUUGAUCGACACUCUUACCGGGGACUGGACCCCUCUAAGGACUGAUAUCAAGAUGGACGUUGGCCAAUCCAUCAACCCAUCGAUAGAUUAUGGCCAGAUUGAAGGCGCAUACGUUCAGGGACAAGGUCUUUUCACGACUGAAGAGUCGCUCUGGCAUCGUCAAAGCGGCCAGAUCUUUACACGAGGACCCGGAGCAUACAAGAUACCCGGCUUCCGAGACAUCCCUCAGGUCUUCAAUGUCAGUCUCCUGAAAGACGUGGAGUGGAAAAACCUGCGUACGAUCAAACGUUCGAGAGGUGUCGGCGAACCACCCUUGUUCAUGGGCGCUGCUGUGUUCUUUGCUAUCAGAGAUGCACUCGUGGCAGCACGCAAGCAAUGGGGUGAGGAGGAGGUAUUGAGUCUCAAAAGUCCGGCUACACCCGAGCGCAUCAGAAUCAGCUGCGCAGAUCCUAUAUUGAAGAGGGCGGAAGUGUUGCCUAAGGAAGGCGAGAAGUCAUUCUUUAUUUCGAUAUAG